ACGGAAAGUUGCAGCCCCUGGUAGCGCCUUGGGGGUCUCCCGGCAGUGUCCAACCGCCGCCACCCCUUUCCGACUACGGCACUUCGGAGAUCUCCUCCUUCGCCGAUACCCUCUCUCACUUCGGCCGGAUCGCCUGUGCCCAGAACGUCCCACCCAUGACGAUGCUCCUGGACGGAGGCCCACAGUUCCCUGGGCUGGGAGUGGGCAGCUUCGGCGCGCCGCGCCACCACGAGAUGCCCAACCGUGAGCCGGCAGGCAUGGGGCUGAAUCCCUUCGGGGACACAACCCACGCCGCCGCCGCAGCCGCCGCCGCUGCCUUCAAGCUAAGCCCUGCCGCGGCGCACGAUCUAUCUUCAGGCCAGAGCUCGGCUUUCACGCCGCAGGGUUCGGGCUACGCCAACGCCCUGGGCCACCAUCACCACCACCACCACCAUCAUCACCACGCCAGCCAGGUGCCCAGCUACGGCGGCGCUGCCUCUGCCGCCUUCAACUCAACGCGCGACUUUCUGUUCCGCCAGCGCAGCUCCGGGCUCAGUGAGGCGGCCUCGGGUGGCGGGCAGCACGGGCUCUUCGCCGGUUCGGCUAGCAGCCUGCAUGCUCCACCUGGCAUCCCCGAGCCCCCUGGCUACUUGCUUUUCCCUGGGCUGCAUGAGCAGGGCGCUGGGCACCCGUCGCCCACAGGGCACGUGGACAACAACCAGGUCCACCUGGGGCUGCGUGGGGAGCUGUUCGGCCGUGCUGACCCAUACCGCCCAGUGGCCAGCCCGCGCACGGACCCCUACACGGCCGGAGCGCAGUUUCCUAACUACAGCCCCAUGAACAUGAACAUGGGCGUGAACGUGGCGGCCCACCACGGGCCCGGCGCCUUCUUCCGUUAUAUGCGGCAGCCCAUCAAACAGGAGCUGUCGUGCAAGUGGAUCGAGGAGGCUCAGCUGAGCCGGCCCAAGAAAAGCUGCGACCGGACCUUCAGCACCAUGCAUGAGCUGGUGACACAUGUCACCAUGGAGCAUGUGGGGGGCCCGGAGCAGAACAACCACGUCUGCUACUGGGAAGACUGCCCCCGGGAGGGCAAGUCUUUCAAGGCGAAGUACAAACUGGUCAACCACAUCCGAGUGCACACGGGCGAGAAGCCCUUCCCAUGCCCCUUCCCGGGCUGCGGGAAGAUCUUUGCCCGUUCUGAAAACCUCAAGAUCCACAAGAGAACCCACACAGGUGAGAAACCUUUCAAAUGUGAAUUUGAAGGCUGUGACAGACGCUUUGCCAACAGCAGCGACCGUAAGAAGCACAUGCAUGUGCAUACCUCGGACAAGCCCUAUAUCUGCAAAGUGUGCGACAAGUCCUACACGCACCCGAGCUCCCUGCGCAAACACAUGAAGGUUCAUGAAUCUCAAGGGUCAGAUUCCUCCCCUGCUGCCAGUUCAGGCUAUGAAUCUUCCACUCCACCCGCUAUAGCUUCUGCAAACAGUAAAGAUACCACUAAAACCCCUUCUGCAGUUCAAACUAGCACCAGCCACAACCCUGGACUUCCUCCUAAUUUUAACGAAUGGUACGUCUGAGGACAAACACAAACCCUGUUAACUAUAGAAUGGACCAAAUGCAUUUUUAAAAGAAAACUGAGACCAAUCAGAUGGAAAUGGAGUUUUAAGGCAAGAGGCCAUAUAUAGGGCUACAUCUUGUUAAUUGCAAUUGUCCAGGAAGGUUUUGGGCAAGAUCCAAAAGUAGCCAUGCCCUUUUCUCAGGAUUAGAAAAUAUGUUUUGGCAUUUGAAGCAUUUUUUACAAAAUCUUUACACUGCUUUUUCUUCCCCUUCCUCUUGCUGUCUGCACACCCCAUUCUUAAACUCCUGCAAGUCAUUUUAACACUUGUCCUGUUUCUCGAGAGGAAGUUAUAGAAGGCUUGUUGGUGGUGGUGAUGUUAAACUGAUGGAAAUUCUUUUUCGCCUUAGUGGUGAUUGUUUAAACUCUCACAGUCUUAAACCGUGCCAAAGUCCUGUUAUGUCUUGAACUUUUCCUCAAAGCAUUACACUUGUGAAUGUAUUUUUGUCUAAUAGGGUCGAAACUGUUGUUCAGUAUUUUUUUCAGGCUGAGGAUGUGAUGUUACUCUACACAGAUUGUGACGUUUAGUAUACAGUUGCCUUUUGUAAUAACUUUUUUUUUGUAAAUACAUAUCCAUUGAUGCCAUAUUUAUCGUUUGUAAUUUAAUUAUUGCUACAAGUGCCGGGAACUGAACAAUAUUUAUGGAUAAAUGUUUUCUAACAAGUUCUGUACAGCUUUUGAUUAUAACUGCUUUAGCAUUAAAAUUUUAUUGUUUUGAAAGAAGAACACAAUUUACAAUUUUGGAA